CAUUACUGACCCUUAAUCUUUUCUAUAAUUCACAAUAACAGUCCGGUAAGGUAUGAAAUUACGUUUCCAAGCAACUGCGAAAUAAAACAUAAUUUACAAGACUUCUCUAGAAUUAAAAGAAUUUCCUCAAAUAUUAUAAUGACUGAUGGAGAAAAAAUUGAAGUGCGCGAUAUAACGCGUAUUGAACGUAUAGGCGCUCAUUCCCAUAUACGUGGUCUGGGCUUAGAUGAUGUAUUGGAAGCGCGUGCUGUUUCCCAGGGUAUGGUUGGACAAAAAGAUGCUCGACGUGCCGCUGGUGUUGUCGUACAAAUGGUGCGUGAAGGGAAAAUGGCUGGGAGGUGCAUUUUAUUAGCCGGUGAACCGAGUACUGGUAAAACUGCAAUAGCGGUGGGCAUGGCUCAAGCUCUGGGUACUGAAACGCCUUUUACUAGUAUGUCCGGCUCGGAAAUCUAUUCGUUAGAAAUGAGUAAAACCGAAGCAUUAUCUCAAGCUUUACGUAAAAGUAUUGGCGUGCGCAUAAAAGAAGAAACUGAAAUAAUAGAAGGCGAAGUUGUUGAAAUACAAAUCGACCGUCCUGUCACUGGUACAGGCCAAAAAGUGGGAAAGGUCACCUUAAAAACCACUGAAAUGGAAACCAAUUACGACUUGGGCAAUAAAAUUAUCGAAUGUUUUAUUAAAGAGAAAAUUCAGGCUGGCGAUGUUAUAACUAUCGACAAGGCUUCCGGUAAAGUUAACAAACUGGGACGCAGCUUUACAAGAGCUCGUGACUAUGAUGCUACGGGAGCUCAGACUCGCUUCGUUCAGUGUCCGGAAGGCGAGCUACAAAAACGCAAAGAAGUCGUUCAUACUGUCACUUUACAUGAAAUCGAUGUAAUUAAUAGCCGUACCCACGGUUUCUUAGCACUCUUUUCGGGCGAUACCGGUGAAAUUAAACAAGAAGUACGCGAUCAAAUUAAUAAUAAAGUGUUGGAAUGGCGCGAAGAGGGUAAAGCUGAAAUUAAUCCUGGUGUUUUGUUCAUCGAUGAAGUGCACAUGCUGGAUAUUGAAUGCUUCUCAUUCCUCAACCGUGCUUUAGAAUCUGAUAUGGCACCCGUAGUUGUAAUGGCGACUAACCGCGGUAUAACACGUAUACGCGGCACCAAUUAUCGCAGCCCUCAUGGUAUACCUAUUGAUUUACUAGAUCGUAUGAUUAUCAUACGCACUAUACCCUAUACUGAGAAAGAAAUUAAGGAAAUAUUAAAAAUUCGGUGUGAGGAAGAAGACUGCCUUAUGCAUCCUGAUGCUCUAACCAUUUUAACAAAGAUUGCUACGGAUACUAGUUUGCGUUAUGCCAUACAGUUAAUAACUACGGCCAAUUUAGUGUGUCGCCGCCGCAAGGCUACCGAAGUAACCACCGAAGACGUUAAAAAAGUCUACUCGCUAUUUUUAGAUGAAAAUCGGUCCAGUCGAAUUUUGAAAGAAUACCAAGAUGAGUAUAUGUUUAAUGAAAUUGAGGAACAAGUGGAGGACGUAGCUUCAAUUUUGCAACCGAAACGUGAAGAAGAUGGCAGCGGAGAUGCUCAACUAAUGGAACAUUAAACGGGAUCGUUAAACAUUCUACCUUUAAAAUACUGCGUAGUUUUAUUUUGAUGCCUUAUCAGUAAUAAAAUAAACAUUGAAUUAUUCAUAAUAAUCAUAUAUUCCUUGAAACUACG